UUAUUAAAGUUCUGAUAUAUAAAAAAAAAAAAAAAAUACAGAUUUUCUUAAAAGUUCAGCUGAUCGUUCCUAUGCCCCUGGUUAAACUAGGUGAAUUUACUUAUUGCAUGCAGGUACUUGGCACUGUUCUGUAACCUAGGCACUGGUUGCCUCAGUUUAAUGGCAUUUAAGAUUGCGGAAUUGUCUAUAUUGUGAAUUCACUGCCCUGGCCUUGAAUUACUGUUACAGUAGUUGACUCAAUUCAGUCAUGGUGCCCCUGAUUUUUUGUUAAACAAAUGGAUCAAUUUGGCAUCCUCCCAAAAAUUAUGUUUAGAUUAUUUCAUUUGAACAACAGAUUCUCACACUAAUUGUCACAGUUUGUGCAGUGAUGAGGUGAGAGAGUGAGGAUCCAAAUGCAGAACUUAAAAAUAAACAAAAGAGGAGAAUACAGCUGUGAAGUUAAACAAACUGAACAGCAGUGUGCUGGCUUACGACGCUAUACAUACAAACAAGAACCAACGAGGAACAAGAGAAACAUGGAGGGUAUAAAUACGGACUAAUGGGCUAAACUAGACACAGCUGAAAACAAUGAGGAAGGGAACCAGGAAACCAGACAUGACGAAGGCAAAAAUACAUUUAAAAUUAAGAGUCCACUGAGAAUGUCAACAGAAGUCUUUGCAAACAUAAGGACGAUGACGACGGACAAUGAUGAUGACGAUGAAGGAUGAUGUGACAGAACCCCCCUUAAAGGGCAGCUCCUGAAGCCCAAAAAAGAAAAAUGAUAGUCCAAGGUGGGGCCAGUGGCCAGGGAAGUGGCUCCAGGAAGAGAGCGGGGUCCAGAGGUUUGGGAGGCGGCUCCAGGAAGGGAACUGGCGGAGGAUCAGGAGACCAGGACAGAACUGGCAGAGGGUCAGGAGGCAUAGCCACAGGAGACGGAGGUGCUGAAGGUAGAGACUCUGAGGGAAGAGCUGCCAGGGAUGGAGGCUCAGGAGACGGAACUGCAGGAGGCAAGGGCUCAGGGGGGUGGAUCCGCAGGAGAUGGAGGCUCGAGGCUGAGCCGCAGGAGGUUCAGGGGCAGUGCCGCAGGAGUCUCAGGGAAUGACGUCGCAGGAGGCGGAGCCACGGGGGCGGAGACACAGGCAGCCAAGUAGUAGGUGGCUCAGGAGACGAAGCCACAGGAGGCUCAGCACUGGAGGAGUAUCUGAAGUGGGCGGAGCCACUGAAAGAAGAGUCUCAGGGGGCAGCGCCGUGGAAGGCUCGGAGGGCGGUUCCGUGGGAGACAGAAUCUCGGGGAACUGGAAAGGCUUGGGGGCAGCCUCUGUGGUCAGGAGCGCUGGCAGCGACUGGGAAACGGUCUCCAUGGCCGUGGGCACAGGAAGUGGCUGUCUCGUUGACCGUGGCAGGCUUCAGGCGCUGGCUCGUUGACCGUGGCAGGCUUCAGGCGCUGGCUCGUUGACCGUGGCAGGCUUCAGGCGCUGGCAACAGCAGGGGAUUGGCCUCCAUGGCUGAAAGUGUUGAGGGGGUCUCCUGGUCCACCGGAGCUGAGAGCAGAGAGGCCUCCAUUGAGGAGGUCUCCAGAGCCACCAGAGCUGUUAGCAGAAGGUCUGCCCUUACGAUUUCGGAGAUAAAAUCCUGAAGAGUCAAACAAUCAGUCCAAAGCGACCAGUUUCCUCACCCGGCAUUGAGUCCCAACCAGAACAUAGUUCUGAGGGAUCUCUCACACCAGUUCAAUUGGGUGGCCAGACUCCAGAAUUUGAGGCAGUACUCAGCUGCAGAAGUGGACCCUUGGGACAAUCUCUCAAUCCAUUCUGCUGGAUCCAUAAUAUGGUUGGUUCUUCUGUCACGGUUUGUGCAGUGAUGAGACAAGAGAGUGAGAAUCCAAAUGCAGAACUUUUAAUAAUAAACAAUUGAAGAGAAGAGAAUACAACUAUGAAGGUAAACAUAAACUUAACAGCAGUAUGCUGGCUUACUACGCUCUGCAUACAAACAAGGACCAAAGAGGAACAAGUGAAACAUGAAGGUAUAAAUACACACGGACUAAUUAGCUAAACUAGACAUAGCUGAAAACAAUGAGGAAGGGAUCCACGAAACCAGACAUGACGAAAGCAAAAAUACAUUUUAAAUUAAGAGUCCAUUGAGAAUGUCAACAUAAAAGUCUUUGCAAACAUAAGGACGAUGACGACGGACGAUGAUGAUGAUGACGAAGGACGAUGUGACACUAAUAGGAAUUUAUGCAAUCUCAUUGACUGGGUAAACAGAGCAGGUGCUUUCUGCAAUAUAGAGAACUGUGAGGGAGGCAGCACACUAUACAUGUGCACCUGAGUUUUAUUCUAUGGUGGUCAGUAUGGCCAUUCAGCACAUUUCCAGCCACUGAAAACACAAUAAAAAGCAGGGGCCAGCCUCAGGUCACAUUCACUGAGUGUAUUUUAUACGUAUACUUACACAAAAGCAAAGCUACAGUACAUAAAAAAAAAUUGGCUUCAUAUUAGACCAUAUCAGGCCAGAGAUUUUGGUUAGAUGGACGAUGCUGUUUACCAGACAGGGACGAAGGCCAUUGUGUAGAAAUGAGUAUGGUCUGUCUGACUGAUUUUGAAGAGUAUGCUAAGCAGCAUCUCUCAAAGACUACAUGGGACUAUUAUGCAGCUGGAGCUGAUGAAUGUUGUACCAGAGAUGACAACUUGCUGGCCUAUAAACGGAUCCGCUUGAGGCCACGGAUCUUACGGGAUGUGUCGGUCAGUGACACUCGAACCACAGUGCUGGGAAUGGAGAUAAGCUUCCCCGUGGGAAUUGCACCCACAGCCUUUCACUGUCUGGCAUGGCAUGAGGGAGAAUUGGCCACUGCCAAAGCCACUGAGGCAGUGAACACCUGCUACAUAACAAGCACAUACUCCACAUGCUCAGUGGAGGAGAUCUGUGCAGCAGCUCCCAACGGUUAUCGUUGGUUCCAGCUGUACUUGUACCGUGAUCGUAAGCUGUCAGAGCAGAUUGUACACAGAGUGGAAGCGCUUGGCUACAAGGCUCUGGUGCUUACAGUGGACGUGCCCUACACUGGCAAACGGCGUGAUGAUAUCCGCAACCAGUUUAAGCUCCCACCACACUUGAAGCUUAAGAAUUUUGAUGGGAUGUUCCAGCAGCAAGCAGGCUCCCAGGAGGAAUACGGCACCCCAGCCAACACCUUGGACCCAUCAAUCAGCUGGAAGGAUGUGUGCUGGCUCCAGUCUCUAACACGGCUGCCUAUAAUCAUCAAGGGCAUCCUCACUAAAGAGGAUGCAGAGCUGGCUGUAGAGCAUGGGGUACAGGGUAUUAUUGUGUCCAAUCAUGGGGGCCGACAACUGGAUGGAGGGCCUGCAACAAUAGAUUGUCUGCCUGAGAUAGUGGAUACAGUGCAGGGCCGUGUUGAGGUAUACAUGGACGGAGGGAUCCGUAUGGGCAGUGAUGUGCUGAAGGCUAUAGCCUUGGGAGCCAAAUGUGUGUUUAUUGGCAGACCGGCAAUCUGGGGACUUGCUUACAAGGGGGAGGAAGGAGUGAGAGAAGUCUUGCAGAUUCUACAUGAUGAGUUCCGUUUAUCCAUGGCAUUAUCAGGUUGCAGAAGUGUUGCUGAGAUCAACAGGAACCUCAUUCAGUUUUCUAAACUUUGAACAGUAAAGAAAGCUAUAGUUAUAUCAACUUUACCACUGAUAACAGAACACUACAAAGAUCCACUAAGUAUAUGAAACCAUUGUUGGUGGUGGAAGUGCUUUGCAAAUUAAUUUCGAUUACUACAUCUGAUUAGCAGUUUAAAAAUUCCAGACAAAUUUAUGGCAUUUUUUAAUGUGAAUGCUGUUUUAAGAAUACCCGACAAACUGACUGGCUAAUCCCCACAAAUUACUAGUCUGGUAAAUUAUCUUUUUGCACUCCAUAUGCUGUAUGGGAGAGAUUGAUUCACUGGACUUACUGUGUCUGUCUGUAAUGCAAAUAGAUAUCAAAGAAUGUAAAGGAAUUAAAACAUUUCAUGUUUUGAAGCAGAGAGACCUUUUAAUUGACGGUGAAUUAAUAUUGAACAUUUAAAGGGAUAAUUCACCCAACUGAGUAAACUACUCCUUUAACAUUGUUUAUAUUGGGGUUAAAAUUCAGUGAAAUAUCUAGCGUGGCAAAACAAGUCAUUGUGAGACUCUAUAGGUGACAGCUGAUGUUAAUUCAGUAUCUGAAGUAAUAAUAUUUAUCUAAACAAUAAAUACUAUACUCUUGGG